AGGAGUAGUAAUGACGAAGCUGAGCAGGAACAACAAUUUCAUGCUCUGAAAGUCUACUGACACUCAAUUAAAUAUAAAUAAAUAAAUAAAUCUUACACUACUUCUCCACACCCCCCAACUUCAUUAUUUGCGUCUUCUACAUAAUCAUUCAGUGCCCAAAGAGAGCCAAUAAUUUGCUAUAAUGGAAGAACAUAGCAGAAAUCUCUGAAUUUUUUAAAAUUUAUUUAGAGGAGAUGGGUAGAGCGAUCUCAGUUAUAUUGCAGCCACGGUGGCUUCUGAUCUUUCUUGCUGCUUUAGUUCUUAUCUUUCUUGCUUCCUCCUUCUCCCAAAAGGAAUAUGAAAAGGUGGAAGAGGUGUAUGAUAUUACCCACAGAGUAUUCUUGGAUGUUGAUAUAGAUAAACAACGUGUAGGAAGAAUUGUGAUUGGAUUAUAUGGGCAAGUUGUACCAAAAACUGUUGAGAAUUUCAGGGCUUUGUGCACAGGGGAAAUGGGCAAGACCGCUGAUGGAAUAUCUCUUCACUACAAGGGAAAGCCAUUUCAUCGUGUAAUACCUGGAUUCAUGAUUCAAGGUGGAGAUAUUGUGUCCGGUGAUGGAAGGGGAAACAUUUCCAUUUAUGGUGGUCCCUUUCGUGAUGAGAAUCUCAAGAUAAAGCAUUCUCAUGCAGGUGUUAUUUCCAUGGUGAACACAGGACCCAACUCCAACGGCUGUCAGUUCUUUAUACCGACAGUGAAGGCUAGCUGGUUGGACGGGGAGCAUGUUGUAUUUGGCAAAGUAAUUGAAGGUAUGGACACGGUAUAUGCAAUAGAGGGCGGAGCAGGAACCUACAGUGGAAAACCGAGAAAAAAGGUGAUUAUUGCAGACUCUGGGGAAAUACCUAAGAGCAAGUGGGAUGAGGACAGCCAGAGUUCAAUUUCAUAAAGAUUGUCAAAAGUUUUGAAGUUACUAACCAACCCUAUAUAUUCUUGCCCUGUGUUCUUUUCUUUUAUAUCACGAACUUAAAUUUUUGUGGUGCUAAUUAUGAGGUCCUAUUUGAUCACCUUAACCUUACAGAUACGAGUGUUUAUUCGUAGAAUUGGUUGUGAAUAUUUUGGAUUUUGUAGAGGAAUUGAACUGAACCUAUACAUUUUCUUUACAUUCAAAUUGGCUUGCUGCCAAGUCCC